CACCGGCUAAGCGCUCCGGCUAUGCUGUCAUGGUACCACUGUCAAACCUUGGAAUCACUCCAUCGUCGUUUCUGCAAGGAUAGGAGCCUAGUUUUCGUUGUCAUGUGGCGGUACAGUUACGUGGCGGUGACGGUGAUGUUUGUGUACCUAGGUACCGUUCUCUGCCCAUAAGAACUCGAUCUUCUCCACGACUACUCUUCCGUCUUUAAGCAAACACCACCUUGCGCAUCUCACAACCUGUACCCACCCUCAUCUUCUGGUAACCCUAUCUUCCAUCGGACAUUCCCCUUCAAGCACCCAAAUCUUCAACGAAACCUACGCGAUGGAGCGGCGCCCUAUCGAUGGCCCUGUUGACGGACCCGUCCACGACGACCGCGAGCGGCCUACCGGACUCCUCACACGCUUCGUGCCCGACAAGCUCAAGCACUCGGCUCUCUUCCGAUGGUUCCUCCGCCUGACCCGCGUGCUCCAAUUCAUCUCUUCCGUCGUCUCUCUCGGCAUCUUCUCCCAGCGUGUCUACAAGGUCUAUCGUUUGGUCAACUCGAUUAAGACCCGUCGCGGCGUCUCGGGCUCGUACGGCGCUGUUGAGGGCAUUCUCGCCGCGGCUGUCCUGUACACCCUCAUCACCACCUUACUCUCUUGCAUCAAGCGGAACAGCAGCCCUGGAUCUAGGCGGUUACGCUGGCUGUGGGUUGUGCUCGACAUUGCCUUUGUGGGUGCCUUCAUUGCGGUCGCUGUCAUUACUUCUCCAAACGGCGGGAACGCUGGCCCACGGCAUUGCUACUCUGCUGGACACCUUCGCAAUGAGGACAAUGUCACGGGCGCAACGGCGAAUGACAAGGACGACUCGUGCAAUCUGCCUUGGGGCACUUUCAUCCUGGCCAUUAUCAGCACUCUUCUUCACGCCAUCACCGCCGCCUUCCACGAGGUUAGAGACCACCGCCGCAGGGCUAGGCUUUCUGCUGUCGAAGAAGAGAAGGCCGUUCACCAUGGGCAUGCCGGAAACGGACGUGCCGGAAAUGCGCCGCCGGUGGCGGCUAACGGUCGAUAUUAGGAGGCCGAGAAGCGUUA